AAACCAAUCCUUCAGCCUCAAGAGCAGCACACAGAGCCUCACGACCCUUCACGCUGCAAACCAGUUCUGACGUUAGAACAGCAGAAAAGCGGAGACCUGGAGGUUUUUAGGAUUUACUGGACCUCUUUCGGAUGUCUGAAGAAACAUUACUGAGGAGCUCUGACUGAGUCUGGCAUCCUGGAAUAAAAACCCAUGAUGUGCAUUAUUCCACAGAAUUAGAAAUAACUCAGACUUAUAAGGAGGGAUCUUGGCUCCUGCAGCCAUUUCCCCUGCAGGGCUGAGCUCUUUGGCUGGCUUGCCACUUCCUUAGCAGAGGGACUGCUGGCAGGGGCAACAUCUGAGCAGGUCAUGAAGCCUCAGGAGGCAGAGCUUGUUACUGAAAUCUCCAAGUUACAAUGCAUGGUCUCGGAGCUGAAGUCGGGGUUCACCAGCGCUCUGCUGGAGCUCAGUCAGAUCCAACAUGGAGACACAUACCUGAGAGAGGAGCUGGAGGAGAACAGGAGGAGCUGUCAGAAAAAAGCUCUAAGGCUGGAGGCUCUAGUCGACUCACUGAGGGAGGAACUCAGUGUGAUGAGGUGUCAGAUCGUGCAGCUGUACAGCAACAGACACAGACCUCAGCAGGAUGGAAAGAGCUCCACAUCUAAGCAAAGAGAAAGCAGCGAUCCAGCUGAGCCGGAGCGUGUACAACGUCAGUGUGAUUGUUCAUCUGCUCCUCCUGCCUGUCUGUCCAGAGGAAAACUGCUCCUCCACUGUUUCCUGCAGGGCCUCAAAGCCGGUCUCAGUGAAGGCACAGAUGCACGCCAUCAGGUCGCGAUGCAGCUCCUGCACUCUGAGUGGGAAUAUGUGUCAACCUUAAACCAGCUGUACGACAAAUACAAGACCCCACCGGCUCACCACAUGACUGCAGAGCCAUAUCAGACGUAUUUGAAGUUUGUGGAGCAGCUGUUACAGCGCCAUCUGCUCUUCAGAAAUACCCUGCAGGAACGGUUAUCAGCUGAACACUGGAAAUCUCUGGUUGGAGACAUCCUGGUGCAGCUUAUUGGACACAAUGAUACAGCUUUUUCAGACAUGUACCUCGGAUACACGACGACCCUGGCGUCAUUCCUCUCACUCGAGUUCAAGAGACUCAAUCAUCCUGACAAGAGUCAAAUUUUGCAGGGCAGCCAGAUGGAGAGAGAGGAAAUGAAACUGCUCUCCUUGCUGUUGGCACCUGUUGCGCGCAUACACAGCUACCUGAGUCACAUUCAGAACCUCUUGCAGUGGACUGGUAAGGAGCAUCCUGACUGCAGCCUCUUGUUGGGAACUGAGCGAGCUCUGAGGAGCAUUUUAUCCCGCUGUCAUGUAAUUCUCGAGGAAGACGUCCGGUGGGAAGAAGGAGAAGUAGCUGGACAAAGCACCUCUGAUGCUGGGGCUGGCGUUUCUGCUGCAAACUGUUGCACGAGGAGCCAGCACACCAGAGAGUCUCAGCAGGCCAGGGAAGAGUCAAACGCUGCUGCUCAGAGCAGAGAUAACCAGAUAGCUGCUGGCCUCAGCAACGGUGUGAACGGCUGCCAGUCAAUGCGUCUGGAGUGUUGGUCCUGCAGCCCUGUCAGAAGAGACCGGGCCCUCCUGAACCAGCCGGCCCAUGACUGUGGACACGCCUACUGCUCCCUCCUCACUCCAGACACAGCAGGAUGGGGAGACAACAGCGACUCAGGUCAGGGCACCUUCAGCCAGCCCACGGGAAAAGGCACCAACGAGCUAGAGGCACCUCGCACAAACCACAGCCUGGAAGACUGUGAGACAGACCCCGAUGACACCUCAGCCUUCGACUAUUCCUCAGUCACCUCGUGUAGCCCUGAUGGCACUCUGCGCAGGGAGAUGACGGGUAGCAACAGCGGGGAGGAUGAAGAGGAAGACAGCCAGGUGCCAGUGCUGUUAAAGCCCUCGUACAGUCAGCAGCAGCAGGUCAAAGAGACACCCAGAGAGAGGACUGUGUGUCUGAGGUGGCAGAUUCCAAGACUGACCCCUCACCCUCCUCUGAGGAACCCAACAGGGCCCUACGUGGACGGGCCAACGCCUUGUCUCGUCAGCUCCUAUGGGAAGAGGUUAGUCAGUGUUAGAAAGGGAUCACCUCCUCUUCACCCGAAAAGUGCCUUCAGGCCAAUCUGGGACGAUCCGUUAAAGCAGGCUGAUUCAGCCCCAGAGAAAGACAACAGGCAAGGUUUCAUUCCGAUUCAGGCUCCAGCGAGGCAAAACUUUCAGAAUUUCAACCCGAGCAGAGAAAAUUUGAGGCCAGGGCUGGCUCAGCAGCGAGCGAACCAUGCAGCAGCAGCCACGAGCAGUGGAGGAUUGUGGGAUGACAGUGAGGACAGCGAGGGACCCUGCAGCACCGUUUGAUGACUGUCGUUUAGUUACAAGUUACAUCCAAAACCUGAGCACAAGCAUUUUUCCACAAGGCCUCUAAAGCCGUGAAGUGCAUGAAUGAGCAAUGAGCAGCUGAAAUCAUGGACUGUUUUUGGAUUUGACAUUAAAUUAAAGCUUCAUUGAGCUCUGCAGAA